AACUUCUUCAUUUGGGGAAGAGGAAUCAACGAUGAUGGAAUACGGAUUAAUGACACUGUGCCUGUUUACGUUGACAACAGGGAACCUUCCUCUGAACAUGAGAAUGAUAUCAAGGUCAAAGUAGUUACAGAUUCUGGUCUUGAAUUACCUGUUCGCCGAAGUAAGGAAGGCCUGCGGUCUACGUUUAUCUAUACCCCAACAACUACCGGCAAACACCUUGUUUAUGUUACAAAUAAUAAUGAACCUAUAGGGCAGACACCGUAUAAGGUUAACAUCGCGCCACCGACAAACUCCCGUGUGAGAGCAUUUGGACCUGGAUUAGAAGGCGGUGUAGCUGAUCAGCAAAGCGUUUUCAGUGUUGAGACAAAUGGAGAUGCGGAUAGGUUGGAUAGUCUGAAUCUAAACGAUUGCGAGUUGAAUGCUGAUAGAGAGAAUUUUUACGGAUUAGAAAUUCCAAUAUCACUGAGGCGCCCAAUCUCCGUUUCUCCAAAGUUAAACAGGAGCGCAUCACUGGCAGGAAAUUUUUUAAAAUGGCAAAACGAAGGAUAG